AUGGUUCGUCGCAACAUCACUGAGUUUAAAGAAGAAUUUAAAGACUUUAAAUAUUCAAUUUAUAACAAACUUAACGACUUAGAUUCGAAAAUUAGAGAAGUGGAUUCGAAAGUUGUACACGUGGAUUCGAAAGUUAAAGAAGUGGAAUAUAAAAUGAAACACUACGUCGCUGCAACUUUAAUCGCAACAACUACAUUCGGCUUGGGUAUAAACUUGACCUUAAAACAAUCAAAAAACAAGCUUCAAGAGUCUACUCAGGUGUCGAACAUGACCGCUUAG